CACAAUUCUCUGCAUUAUUAUUAUUAUUAUUAUUAUUAUUAUUAUUAUUAUUAUUAUUUCUAACGGGGAAAAUUCAUAAUAGAAGAAAGCACCGGUUCUGAACAAGAGAGGCAGAUUAUUUACAGGAUUGCAGCCUAAACGUGCGUCCAUUGCAGAUGUGUGUGUCUCAUUUUAUUGUAUAAUUUUAUGUGCUACCUGCAAUGGCUCCACUUGGAAUUCUCACGCAGCCUGGGUACCGCAUUUUGCAGGACCGGGAAGGUUGGCGGUACAUCUCAAACGCACACUUUUGCACGCAGCCUGCCCGUGCGCUUCCUCGAGAGUAAACCCCAGGGUCCUCAACCGGGUUUUACUCCCAGGAAAGUGUGCCUAAAGCUUGCUGCCUCGCCCCCGUUUUCCCCGCCUCUUCUCUCUCUCCCCCCAGUGAAAUGGGCUGGCUUUCAUUUCUCCUUUGUUACUCUUUUCGAGUUUUCCUUGCACACACACACAAACCCAGCCUGGCUUGUUGGAUGGAAAUAGGAUGGCUGCGUGCGAUUGCAAGCGCUUGCCUCGCUUUGCGCUAGGCGCUGUACGAUUUGAGACGCCAACGAACAACAAUGCAGCCACCACAAAAUCCUUCAUCUGUUGUGGCAGGGGAAGAGGAUCUCGUUAUGGGCUGCACGUUUCCAAGAAACUGCGGCUCAAAUAAUCUGCUGCAAGGCGUCGAUCGGAUGGGGCAAAGCACGGGUCCCGAUCCCGCUGCUCGUGAGGGUGAUCGUGUUGCGGUUGGAAGCUUUUGAAGACACGCGCUGGUGUACCGGCGAGGGGGGUUAUCUGAGAGAGGCUGAGAGGGUGCUGCCACGAGCCAGGAACGACCCGCCUGCAGCCAUGGAAAGCGGAAUGCAGCUCCUAAACCGGGAUGGGCACAGCAUCUCCCACAACUCGAAACGGCACUACCACGACGCCUUCGUCUGCAUGAACCGCAUGCGGCAGCGAUCCUUGCUCUGCGACAUUGUGCUGCAUGUGGCCACCAAGGAGAUCAAGGCCCACAAAGUGGUGCUGGCUUCCUGCAGCCCUUACUUCCAUGCCAUGUUCACAAAUGAGAUGAGUGAAAGCCGACAGACCCACAUAACACUCCAUGAUAUCGACCCACAGGCGCUGGAGCAGCUGGUUCAAUAUGCCUACACGGCUGAGAUUGUGGUGGGAGAAGGGAACGUACAGACGCUGCUUCCUGCCGCCAGCCUCCUCCAGCUGAACGGGGUGCGGGAUGCUUGCUGCAAGUUCCUGUUGAGCCAGCUGGACCCCUCCAACUGCCUAGGCAUCCGGGGGUUCGCAGACACGCACUCCUGCAGCGACCUGUUGAAGUCGGCCCACAAAUAUGUCCUGCAGCACUUUGUGGAUGUCUCCAAGACAGAAGAGUUCAUGCUUCUGCCUCUCAAGCAGGUGCUAGAUCUCAUCUCCAGUGACAGCCUCAAUGUGCCCUCAGAGGAGGAAGUCUAUCGAGCUGUCUUAAGCUGGGUGAAGCAUGAUGUGGACAGUCGAAGGCAGCAUAUCCCUAGACUCAUGAAGUGUGUCCGGCUUCCCCUCCUAAGCCGUGACUUCUUGAUGAGCAACGUGGACACAGAGCUGCUUGUGCGGCACCAGUCAGAAUGCAAGGACCUUCUCAUCGAAGCCCUCAAGUACCAUCUCAUGCCUGAGCAGAGAGGCGUCCUUAGUAACAGCCGAACGCGCCCCCGGCGUUGCGAGGGGGCCAGCACUGUGCUCUUUGCUGUGGGUGGCGGCAGCCUCUUUGCCAUCCAUGGUGACUGUGAGGCCUACGACACCAGGACAGACCGCUGGCACAUGGUGGCUUCGAUGUCCACUCGCCGGGCCAGGGUGGGCGUUGCUGCCAUUGGGAACAAGCUGUAUGCUGUGGGCGGCUACGAUGGGACCUCUGACUUGGCCACAGUGGAGUCUUACGAUCCCGUCACCAACUCGUGGCAGACGGAGGUUUCCAUGGGGACCAGGCGGAGCUGUUUAGGGGUGGCAGCACUGCAUGGACUCCUCUACGCUGCUGGAGGGUAUGAUGGAGCCUCGUGCCUCAACAGUGCUGAAAGAUAUGACCCCCUAACAGGCACCUGGACAUCCAUCGCAGCCAUGAGCACCAGAAGGAGAUACGUCCGCGUGGCAACUCUUGAUGGCAACCUCUAUGCUGUUGGGGGAUAUGAUAGUUCAUCACACCUGGCAACUGUGGAAAAAUAUGAGCCACAGAUCAAUACAUGGACUCCAAUUGCCAACAUGCUGAGCCGCCGCAGCAGUGCCGGCGUGGCUGUUUUGGAAGGGAUGCUGUACGUGGCAGGAGGCAAUGACGGGACAAGUUGCCUUAACUCGGUGGAGCGCUACAAUCCAAAAACGAACACUUGGGAAAGUGUGGCACCCAUGAACAUCCGGAGGAGCACCCAUGACUUGGUGGCUAUGGAUGGGUGGCUAUAUGCAGUGGGAGGCAACGAUGGCAGCUCCAGCCUCAACUCCAUUGAGAAGUACAACCCGCGCACCAACAAGUGGGUGGCGGCUUCGUGCAUGUUCACCCGCCGCAGCAGCGUGGGCGUGGCUGUGCUGGAACUCCUCAACUUCCCACCCCCUUCCUCCCCUACCCUAUCGGUGUCCUCGACGAGUCUUUGACAAAGAGUCCGGUCGCACCUUGCCUCGAGGGGACUGCAGCAUCUGUCGGAGUGCAAAGCCAGCCUGGCCUGACCCCUGCGGCAGCCAUUCUUUGUGAAGAAAGAGAGUGAUGAAGGCGUUGAUGCUGCGUCCAUACAUUUUUAGUAAUAACUUUCUGAGGGGGCCAUUUCUGGUUCUUGUGGUGGAGCUCCAAAUGGGGAUUUAGACCACACUUCUUUAAGAAAGAAAAGAGAAAGAAAGAAACACCAAGAGCCCCUACUGGUUUUCACCAUCUCUUUCAUCAUCACCUGACUGGUUCUGCCUGGUCCUGUCAAGACCGGACUCAAUAAUCUCCUACUUCCAUGUUUGGACAUGACUUCUGGUUCCACCUCCUGCAAUGGAGCUUAAACAACGAGAAGAAAGAAAGAAAGAAAGAAAGAAAGAAAGAAAGAAAGAAAGAAAGAAAUUGAGAAACAAACAAAGCCCAUCUAAGGCAGGCAGGAGGAUCACUUGUUUCGGUUGCACCAACAGCUGAAUGUAAGCUGUGAAUGUCACAAUUAGCCAAAACUUCUUACCAAGCCUAUAGCGUACUCUUACAGAUUCGUGAGGUGAUGCACUUCUCUCUCUCACACUGGUGUCUAUUGAAAGGGAUGCCUUAAAAUUAAAAAAAAUAAAACAGGGCUGGAGGGAAGAUGGCUGCAACACAAGCCCUCUUAACAUGUUCAGUGGCCCCUCGCUCUGUCAGCCCGGUUAUGUGCCACCACUUCUGACGUUCUCCUGCCCUCUUCAGCGGCAUGGGUUUUGGGGCAUCCGCCAAUGUGCUGGCUUUGCUGUUUUGAUUCCCCAACCCCACUUGCCAAAAAUAACUAGGAAGAAGCUAGCCCGACGACGGUGCUCUGGGAUUGUACUUAGGGAGAACGAAGGAACUUUUAACAGGGUGGAGCAAGGUUACGAGACUGUGUUCAUAUUAUUCUAUAUUUGUUAACUUUCAAUUUUUGACGCUUGCGUUUCUAAAGUUCUUGAAGAUUUU